AUUUAGUAUUUUCCGACAUUUUUAUGUAGUGGUUAGAUGUCAAAAUAAAAUUCAUAAAAAUAUUAAGCAAAAAAAAAGUUUUUGAAUUGUCUUCAGUAACAAGUUUGAAAAAUGCGAAGAAGUAGGUCAAAAUCUCCUGGUCCUAGUAGAAGAAGGGAAAGAGAUAGAGAACGAGAUAAAGAAAGGGACAGAGAUAGGGACAAGGAUAAGGAACGACAUAGACGCAAGAGAUCGAGGGAUAGGUCGCGAGACAGGGAUAGGAGACGCCAUUCUUCUGAAAGGGGUGACAGGAGAUAUUCACGUUCAAGGUCUAGGUCACCGGCAGAUAGACGGACGAAACGAAAUUCUUUACCAGAUAGACCGGUAGUGACAGCAGCAGAUUUAGAAGGAAAAACAGCAGAAGAACAGGAAAUGAUGAGGAUAAUGGGUUUUUGUAAUUUUGAUACGACUAAAGGUAAAAAAGUUGGUGGUAACGAUGUAGGAGCUGUACAUGUUAUACUAAAAAGAAAAUAUAGACAGUACAUGAAUCGGAAAGGCGGGUUUAACAGACCUCUAGAUUUCGUAGCUUAAUAAGACCAUGUGAUGUUAUUGUAGGGCAUUUAUUUGAAUUUGAACAACCGAUACCUCAUCUUAGUAACCUCUUAUUACAGUUUUUAUAUAACACAUAUUUAUACCUCCGAUAUUUUCAGGUUUUUAAUUGAAAUAUUAUAGUAAGUCGUAAUUGAUGCAUAUAUUUCAUUUCGGUUUUUGUUUUGAAAACUUGUUACUAUAUAAUUCAAUUUAGUCAUAAGUACACGGUAAAAACAUUUUAAUAAAUUUGUUAAAUUGUUUUAUACAAUAGUUAACACUUACGGUUUGUUCAAUUGAUACUAUUUCUCAUAUUAUGUAUAAUAAUUAAUAUCUUAAUUUGUUAAUUUAUAUUUUUUAACAAAUAAAAUUGAAAAGACUGA